GGAUAGAGAGAGAAAGGGUGGGGUCAAGGUUCAAACGAAAGGCUCCCAUUGGGACUCCUUUUCUGUUAUCAAAUUUGUUGAGGCACAAAAAGAGCUACAGUCUCCUUCCCAAGAACGUCUUGAGGGAGAGAAAAGGGGGUUAAAGGACAGCAUUCUUUAUGUCAGGGCUUCAGUUCUUCCACAGCUCGGCAGACGAACUCCCAGUCGUCUCUUGGCUCCGCAUGCAACUGUUGUACAACUCUUUGCUCCUGCGUUGAUUGUUGUCCACUCUGAUCUGCUCCACAAGCAGCCAGACAUCUUGUGCUAGGGCACUCUCUGAAGAUAUCUGGAACUUGGCCACUAAAAUGCAGUCUUCUACAACGGCGCUGCCCUCCCUGCUAUCCAACCAGUCAGAGAGCUGUGCAGCAGUGGAGACGACAGCUGAGAACACUCUGUUUGGAUGCUUUUACAUCCUGGUCUUCUUUCUGGCACUGAACGGUAACAGCCUAGCCCUCUGGAUCUUCUCUCACCAAUGUGGUGCUUCCUCUCCAGCUAAUGUCUUCUUGAUACACCUGGCUGUGGCAGACUUAUCCUACGUGAUCAUCCUCCCACUGAGGGCCACAUACCACCUCACUGGUGGCCACUGGCCCUUUGGGGAGGUGCCCUGCAGAGUGGCAGGCUUUCUGUUUUAUGUCAACAUGUAUGCCAGCCUGUACUUCCUGGCCUGUGUGGCAGGGGACCGUUACCUGGCUGUGGUUCAUGCUGUGAGGUCGCUGAGGUUUCGUCGGGCUCGCUAUGCCCAUAUCAUUAGCUUCUCUCUUUGGGCCCUGGUUACUAUCUCCAUGGCGCCACUACUAGUCACCCACCAGACUGCAGAGGUGGACGGUAUGACAGUGUGUCUGCAGCUGUACAGAGAGAAAGCCACACGCAAUGCAUUGAUCUCACUUGCUGUGGCCUUCACCCCACCUUUUCUUGCCACUCUGUCCUGUUAUCUACUCAUCAUUCACAGCCUACAUCGGGGCUCCAGGUUAGAGCCAGCCCUUAAACUGAGGGCCCUGCGCACCAUUGGUCUGGUCAUGCUCAUCUACGUGGUCUGUUUCCUGCCUUAUCAUGUGAGCAGGGCCACCUUCAUCCUGGGCUACAGCCACCCUGAUGUCUCCUGCCAGGCACGCAGAGGCCUGAGUUUGGCCAACCGCCUCACCUCCUCACUAACGUGCCUGAAUGGUGCCAUGGACCCGCUGGUCUACCUGUUUGGGGCUGAGAAGUUUCGUGGCACUUUAAUGCGAUUGUUUUGCAAAGAUAAGGCAGGAGUGUCAGGAGCCACCAGCGGAGAGUUAAAGGGAACACAUGAGAGCUCUGUGAGUGCCAAGUCUGAGCUCUGAGGCGGAGGGGUUUGAGGUCAAACUGGAGCACUGCAGGCUAAAUGCUUUUCCAACACAAUCUGAAUUGCCCUGACUAUUGAUUGACUUCAGUCAGGCUCAUUCCACAGUGUGGCUGAUCUUCCACAGUAGCUGCAGACUAACGGCAAUCACCUGAGUGAAUGUGAGAUGGUGUAGAGUCUCUAAACACCAUAUGAGGAAUGAAACAGCAAAGAAAUAUUGUUACCUCUACAUAGUAGACAAGGUUGGCAUGUUUGGAAGUAGGUUGAAGUAUUAAACCAUAGUAAGACAAAUAAGUGGGGUUGGGGAGCAAUGUGUAUUUACAGUAUACUUCCAGAAAAAUUCACUCCGUGUUUCCGUUUUCAUGCUUCUGAUAUUUCAUUGUCCUCGCUGUUUGAGUGUCACCUUACACACAUUCUGUGGUAUUCCCAUGAGAAAAGUUCACACUUGCAGACUUCUGGAAAAUGUGCAUAAAAGCUUUUGGGAGUCAACCCGAGAACUCUAAAGCCUGCUGUCUACCUGCUGCUGUGACCAGCCUUCACCACCAAUAGCAAAUUUGCAUUUAUAAUAGUGCUGUUUUUUGUACCAGUUACGAGGCAGAAUACCCGACAAAAUGCUAAGUACAUCAGCCUCUAGCAGCAUCGUCAGCAUGUCCCCCUCCUUCCCGCUCAGAGCAUGUUGGAAGGCGCUCCAUGACCUCGACAAGGAUCACGCUGUUGAGUCUUCUGCUUACAAAAAUGUAUGUUCUUGUGUCAAAAAACAAAAGAUUGAUGAAAUAUGUAUAUAGCUAGUUUAUAAUCUAUACAUGUGCAGCUGUUUUAUAUCCAAUGCCAAAUGCGGUAAAUACUCACUAGUAUUUGAUAUCGUAAUUCAUCUAAUGCUAACGAUGCUAGCGCCACUGUCAGUCAUUCCAUCAUUUAUUAUAGAUCCAGACUGAAAUAUCGCAACAAUUGUUGGAAAGAUUGCCAUGACUUUGGUAAUUUGUGCUUAGUGCUAAUGUUGGACAUUUCAUGCAUGCUUGAGUUUUAUGUUAUGUUACAGUACAAUGAUGGAUCUCAUUAGCACAGUGUUUAUACAGUUAUGAUCUCUUACUCAGUCACUUGUCUUCAUAUUUGGUAA